CUGGCACAAUUUAUUUCUGUCUAUUUUACUGAAAGCCAUCUAACACAAAUCUCUUUUUCAUCUCUGCAGAUAAUUUAUUCAGUUCCCAGAGAUGUCUAUACUCUAUAAUCUAUCAAAACUGCUUCCUCUCCUCUUCGUGAACAUUGUGCUUUGUGGGGCAGCUUGUAAUAAUGCAGAAUAUGAAAUUAAUGGAAAGUGUUGCCCAAAGUGUCUUCCAGGAAAGCGAGUUUAUAAACACUGUGAUGAGAUCAGAAGCACAACAUGUGAUUCAUGUCCCUUCAUGACUUACUCUAAUACACCUAAUGGAUUUAUAGAGUGUCUGCCCUGUUCUGUGUGUGAUACGAGUGAUGGAGUGACAGUAAAGCAGGCAUGUACAUUAACAUCAGACACAGUGUGUGGACCUCUUCCUGGUUAUUACUGUAUAGACUCGCUCUAUAACUGUAAAAGAGCCAAGAAACAUUCAUCCUGCUCACCUGGACAAUACAUCAAGCAAACCGGAACAGAGUUCAGAGAUACAGUGUGUGAUCACUGUCCUGCUGGUUCAUAUUCAGAUGGGACACUCUGCAAAUUACAUACAAACUGUGAAUCUCUAGACAAGACAACUAUCAGAGAAGGAACAGAUACGACUGAUGCUGAGUGCAGAGAUAGACCAACUUCAUAUUUACUGCCACUGAUUCUGUGUGUGAGUGGAGUGUGUUUGAUGUUACGUUUUGUCACAAUUGGAAUUACCGUAAAGAACAAAAAUAAUCAAAAUAGAGGAUUAAAUCGAGUUACAACCCAAGAUUUGGAACAGCAAACUUUGUAUUUAAUCAUAUAAUGUUUGUAAAUAGUAAUAUUAUAAUAAAAGUAAAAUGUUUUAUUUUUUUGAUGUAGACAAAUAAAGAAGUAAAGUCUGCACACUGAAA